CACCGUCUUCUACUGACACGUGACACAUCCCGGAAGUUAGUGACGUCGCAGAACAACAAAGAUGGCAGGACUAGGAAGCAGCAACUACUGGGAAGACCUGCGAAAGCAGGCCCGACAGUUGGAGAAUGAACUUGACCUGAAGUUGGUCUCCUUCAGUAAACUGUGCACCAGCUACAGCAGCUCCAGGGAUGGACGCAGAUCAGACACGUCAGACACCACCCCACUGCUGAACAACUCUACCCAGGACAGGAUGUUUGAAACCAUGUCAGUGGAGAUUGAACAGCUGCUGGCCAAAUUAACUGCAGUGAAUGACAAGAUGGCGGAGUACACCAAUGCCCCAGGAACGUCUUCUCUCAAUGCCGCACUCAUGCACACGCUACAGAGACACAGAGACAUCCUACAGGAUUACACACAUGAAUUCCACAAAACCAAAGGAAACUUCUUGGCCAUACGAGAGAGAGAAGACCUGCUCGGGUCCGUCAGGAAAGACAUCGAGACCUAUAAGAGCGGCUCCGGGGUCAACAACAGAAGAACAGAGCUGUUUCUAAAGGAGCAUGAACACCUGAGAAACUCAGACAGACUGAUGGAUGACACAAUAAGUAUUGCCAUGGCGACCAAGGAGAACAUGACCUCCCAAAGGGGGAUGCUGAAAUCCAUUCAAAGCAGGGUCAACACAUUGGCCAACCGUUUCCCCACCAUUAACAACCUCAUCCAGCGAAUCAACCUGCGGAAGAGACGGGACUCCCUCAUCCUCGGCUCAGUGAUCGGCCUCUGCACCAUUCUCCUUCUCCUCUACGCUUUUCACUGAAAGCUGGGGCCAGUGAAAUCUUUGAGGAAGCAGGACCGAUAGGCUCUUUAUAGCGUGGGACCCCGCGGAGCAGAAAGACACUCUCUAGGUCCAGGUCUGGGACAGGAACAGAUCUGACCAGCAUGAACUACUGAACUUGUAUUUAGCAGUGGGACAGAUGUGGGGGCUGGUGGUUGGGAUGCUCUUCUGCCAACAAGAACGGGAACAGGAACGGCGACCAAAUAUACAGACGAGACUAGAUUAUGAAGAAUUUUAUUGAUAAGUCACUUGGAGAGAGAGUCUGUGGCAUUGAAAGCGUGAAGAGACUGUGUGUGAUGCAUAAUUCUUUUUCACUGGUGGAAGGAAUUUUAGUUGAUCGAUCGUUUUUAAUUGAUGGAGUGGGAUUGAUAGUUCACUGUGGGCUGUAAAAUGUGAAUUAAUAAAUUAUUCAUAUCAUUAUGUGCAAGUAUAGUGUGUGACACUAAUACAUAUAAAUCAUUUAAUUUUUCAAAAUAUAUCAUUUGAAAUGUGAA